AUAAAAAAAAAAGUGAGAAGCCAAGACCAGGACCAAACCAUGACGUAACCUGCUGCAUCGUCUGUCUCCCCGGCGCGUGGAGUGAAGUGCCAUCAUGCUCCUCCUCUGCAGGGCCUCCGCCACCCUGCCCAGGCUCAGGCCAGCAUGGGGCGCCGCCUUGAAGUGGCCCCUCCCGGCGUGCUACUCCACCGCCGCGGGAGGCCUGCCCCUGGAGAGGAUCAGGAACAUCGGCAUCUCGGCACACAUAGACUCGGGCAAGACUACGCUGACGGAGCGCAUCCUCUUCUACACUGGGAGGAUAGAGGAGAUGCAUGAGGUGCGUGGCAAGGAUGGCGUGGGGGCGGUGAUGGACAGCAUGGAGUUGGAGAGGCAGCGUGGCAUCACCAUACAGAGUGCCGCCACCUACACCAUGUGGAAGGAUCAUAACAUCAACAUCAUCGACACCCCAGGGCAUGUUGACUUCACAGUGGAGGUGGAGCGUGCACUGCGUGUGCUGGACGGGGCGGUGCUGGUGCUGUGUUCCGUGGGGGGCGUGCAGUCGCAGACCCUCACUGUCAACAGGCAGAUCCGGAGGUACAACGUGCCCUGCCUAGCCUUCAUUAACAAGCUGGACCGCCUUGGAGCAAACCCCUACCGCGUCCUGAACCAGAUGAGGUCCAAGCUCCACCGUCAUGCAGCCUUCAUCCAGCUCCCCAUCGGGCUGGAGGGGGAGACUCGAGGACUGGUGGACCUGGUGGAGCAGAAGGCAGUCUAUUUUGAGGGGGACUUCGGCACACAGCUCCGUAUGGACGAGAUACCAAAGGAGAUGCGCGUCGAGAGUGAGGAGAGGCGCCUCGAGCUGAUAGAACAUUUGUCCAAUGUUGACGACACGAUUGGCGAGAUGUUCUUAGAGGAGAAGACCCCUACCAUCGCUGAGCUCCACGCUGGGAUACGCAGGGCCUGUCUGGCACGCACCUUCACCCCAGUCUUGGUCGGGACGGCCCUCAAGAACAAAGGUGUCCAGCCUCUUCUCAACUGUGUCCUGCGCUACUUGCCCAACCCUGCAGAGGUGGAGAACUAUGCCCUGCUGCAGGAUGCCACGGGGAACGAGGAGAGGGUGUUGAUGCACUCGGCACGAGACAGGAGCCACCCAUUUGUCGGCCUGGCCUUCAAGCUGGAGGCUGGCAAGUAUGGACAGCUUACCUACGUGAGGGUGUACCAGGGCGGCCUCAGGAGGGGAGAGGUCAUCUACAACACACGCACCAAGAAAAAGGUCAAAGUGCCACGCCUGGUCCAGCUCCACAGCAACAACAUGGAGGACGUGCCAGAGGUCUUCGCCGGGGACAUCUGUGCUCUGUUUGGCAUCGAUUGUGCCUCGGGGGACACCUUCACCACCGAACCCAAGCUGGCAAUAUCCAUGGAGUCCAUGUUUGUGGCUGACCCCGUCAUCUCCAUGGCCAUCAAGCCCAAGCACGGGAAGGACUUGGACUCCUUCAGCAAGGCUGUCAACCGCUUCACCCGCGAGGACCCCACCUACCGCAUCCACUGGGACUCAGACAACAAGGAGACCAUCGCGUCAGGCAUGGGGGAGCUGCACCUGGAGAUUUACGCUCAGCGCAUGCAGCGAGAGUACAACUGCGAGGUAGAGAUGGGCAAGCCUAAGGUGUCCUUCCGGGAGACUCUCACCGCCCCGGUGGAGUUCGACUACAAGCACAAGAAGCAGAGUGGCGGGGCGGGGCAGUACGGCCACGUCAUUGGGGUGCUGGAGCCACUGCCGUCGGAGGAGAACACGCAGCUCGAGUUCUCCGACGAGACGAUGGGAACCAGCGUGCCGAAGCCGUUCAUCCCAGCCAUCGAGAAAGGGUUCAGGGACAUGUGCAACAAGGGCAUGUUGACGGGCCAUAAGGUCGCCGGUGUGCGCUUCCGGAUUCAGGACGGCUCCAGCCACAUGGUGGACUCCAACGAGAUCUCCUUUAUCCUGGCAGCUCAGGGGGCCAUGAAGCAGGCCUAUGAGGACGGGGUGUGGACCAUCCUGGAGCCCAUCAUGUCCGUGGAGAUCACCGCCCCAGAGGAGUUCCAGGGCGCCGUCACGUCCCACAUGAACAAACGGCACGGCAUCAUCACGGGCACUGACGCUAACCAGGGCUGGUUCACCAUAUACGCCCAGGUCCCGCUGAACAACAUGUUUGGCUACUCAACAGAGCUGCGUUCGUCCACCCAGGGCAAGGGGGAGUUUGCAAUGGAGUAUGCGUGUUAUGCCCCAGCCCGCAGCGAGGUUGUGGACGACCUGAUUGCCCAAUAUGAGGCUCUCACACAGCCUGCUGUGGCCGCCAAGAAGAAGGGCAGGAGAUAAGAGUGGAUGUUACUGUAGCUUUGUCUUUUUAUUGUUAUUCGUAGUAGUAGGAUUUGUUGUAGUUGUAAUAGUCCUCCAGUCAUAGUGAUUGGAGUUUCAGAUUCAGAUUGACAUCAUGAGGGAGGCAACAGUUGAAAAAGAUGCAUUAGUGGACACACCAGUCAUGCGUUACUAACCAAGGACAAGAGUGGCAAAGUUGGAAAAGUUGUAUUUAUAUAUGCACUUUAAUUAUUUGGUACUUCCAACUACAUAAUUACCAAAGCCAGGAGUAGCAAAGUUAAGAAUGGUUUUAUUUAUGUACUUACGUUUUGUCACUUUCCAAGCUAGGCAUUAGCCAAAGACAGGAGUAGCAAUAGACUCAUGCUGUUGUCUCCCUCCUCCUCCUGUCCCAUGAAUUCACUAAAGCUCUACUCAUACAUUUAUAUUUGCAUUACACUCAUGGGAAGAAAAUUCAGAAACUAACAAAUUCAACUUUAUUUCUUUAAUGAUAUAUUUUUUUUUUUUCCAUACACUGUUGUAAAGUUCAUGCCUCCUAACAUUCUUACCAGUUGGUAGGUGGCAUAGCUGCAGGAGGGGGGCUAGAGGGGAAGAUGCUCAGAGAAUGGCCGAGUGGUCAGUGUUCAGCCAGGUGCAAGUUUCGUGCGCUGCUACAUGCUGACAAUUUUCAGUCAACGCUGAGUGGCCCAAGACUUGCUGCCCUGAUGACCACCUAUCAACCCAGACUUUGGCAAACCCCUCUAUAGAGGACAAAUGGGGUUCCAGGGGACAGCAUGAGCCAAGCAAGAUGACGACAUUAUAACACAUUUGCCUGUGCCACUAAUGGGCUGAGGCCAACCAGCAGCCCCCAUCAAGAAAGUCUGCUGGUGCUAUAGGUCAAAUGUAAAGUUAUUUUGGAAGUUAGAUGGGUACUGGCCCACCCUUCCUCCUUGAUACACUGCUUAGCAUGCCUAACUAUGACUGGGCAUGGGUUUGAAUCCCAGCAUUCAUAAACCAUUGGGCUGGUCAAUAAAUGGGUACCUGGGGAAACUUGGGAAUAUAACUGUGCUAACCCUGAUGUCACACUGGCCCUGUGUCCCAGGGUAAUGGGUUCUUCUCACAAGCUCAAGGCCCAAUGCAGUGGCGAUAAGCACCAAGGCCACUCGCAGCUAUAGCAUGCAGCCAACUUUACCUUCCUCCUUGAUGCACCCCUCCACCCCCAAGCUAUGCCACUGCAGAUUAGGGGAAAUCAUCUAGGCCUGGCAGGAGACAAACCCCCACCUUUCCCUCCAACAAUGGUGUAGACUUUGUACAAAUGAAUGUAUAUACUGAGAGAUGGUCUGAAUUGUUGUUCGGUGAAUGUGCGAUAACAUACCUCAUGUCCAACGCAAAAGUUUCCAACCUGUUCUAUGUAAAGUUGGGCAUCCAUGAAUGUAAAUUAAAUCUAUGUACAUAAAUACUUCUAAGGCUGAGAAAUGUUUGUUUAUUCCAUACAGUAAACGAAAGCUUUGUACGGUGAACAGCCCUGCCCAGGUAACACAUUUGCAAACAUGACUAUUUUCUUCAUUAUACUUAGCACAGGAAUAACAACGAGCUAUGACAAAACACAGUAUGUUUACUUUCCCCUCUCCCUAAAACAUUUCUUCCUUCAGUAUUGCCAACUAAAAUGACCCAGGCCAACAACUUGUCCGAUAUAAUGCUCACUUUUAACCCCUAGAGUUUGGUCAGUGUAGACCAGUGAAAAGUUGCAACAUGGUCCUUUCAGUCUGUCAAAUUUACCAUCUGUUUCAAACCAAAUUUGGGCAUUCAGUCGUAUAAUCUAUACUGAAAAGACAGACUGGUGUUGGUAGUAAAGAGAAAAUGGUAAGUAAAAAAAAA